AAUUGGCGGCAUUUGACACAAGCGACGCAGCAUCAUGGCCUACGUGACCCUCACCAACAUCACCGUGCUGGACAACCCCACGGCAUUCACCAACCCGUUCCAGUUCGAAGUAACGUUCGAAUGCGCGCAUCCGCUAGAAGACGACUUGGAAUGGAAGAUCACAUACGUCGGCAGCGCCGAGGACGAAAGCCGGGACCAAGUGCUGGAAGAAGUGCUUGUGGGGCCAGUCCCUGUAGGUACCAACAAGUUUGUGUUCCAGUCUGAGCCCCCGGACUCGUCGAUCAUCCCCGAAGAAGACAAGGUCGGCGUCACGGUCGUGCUAGUCACGUGUUCAUACAAGUCGCGCGAGUUUGUCCGCGUGGGGUACUACGUGAACAACGACUACACAGAUCCAUUCUUGCUAGAAAACCCGCCCGCCAUCGUCGACAUCCACAAGUUGCAGCGCAACAUUUUGGCAGACAAACCACGUGUCACGCGGUUCCCCAUUGACUGGGCGCCUGGCGCCACAGGUGCACCCGCCACAGCCGAGUUCGACGAAAACAUGAACGCGUCCGACCUGAACGAGAUGGACAUGCUCAACGAAGAAGAGUUAAUAAAGGCAGCCGCGCAACUGGACAGCCUCCAUCCGGACAUUGUGAUCGAGCCUGAAGUGGACGACGACGACGGGAUGGACGAAGGCGAAGAAGACAUCGACAUGGACGUCAACGAAGAAGGCGACGAUGACGACGACGACGUGGACUCGGGCAUCGAGUUCGAAGAAGACUUAUAAAUUUAUCGACUUAAUUGUACCCCAUAUCAUCCCCAUCCUUGUCCUCGUCAUGACGCAUCCCAUCAAAGCAGCGCAAAAACAAUUAAUACAAUUUGUGCCAUACUAUCAAAAC